GGAUUCAUCGACGCGUCCUCCCUACGUGCAAAGCCCAUCAUCUAUCUUCCUCUUCUACCCCCUGCACUUGUCAUUCUGUGGUUCGACGUAUUACACCGCGAAAUGAGACACUUUCGAAGAACCUGACAUACUGCGUGUUGUAUAUAAUUUGUGUCUCUAUGUGAUUGUGUUAGUAUUGUGUUACGUACACACGCGCAGAACAAUCAUACGCGCCGUGUUACUGCGUGCACCCGAAAGAUUCUGAAUGAGUUUUAGUAGCGUCGAUAUCAUAUACGAUCGAACGACGUCGCUCAAACCUCCUGACGAUAUCGUUAACGUCGUCGCAUAGAAGAAGUGACGAAUCGCGACAAUGACACACCCGUGGAAAGUUAUUACGAAUACAACAACGAUUCUUUGACUAUUAAUCUAGUGAAGAAGGAAAGAAGAUAUAGGGAGAAAACGGAAAGACAUAAAGAAAACGGAGCAAAAAAAAUAUAGAAAGGAACGAUAAAGAAUAUUAUUCGUCAAAUAAAACUAAUAUUAAUGAUAUUUUCUGUGUGACAUUAUAACGAAUUAAAUGAGAACAUGCUACAACCACGAACGUGCAUUAUAAAAUAGAAGAAGUAAGACUGUGGCAAUUUCUUGGCGUGCCAUAAGUUAGUGAAAAUAUAAGAAAUUUUAUUCAUAUGGCUCCAUUUUCGACGCUUUGACGAUCGAGAGAAAGUUAAUAACGAAUAUUAAGAUUCAGUGCAACAUGUGGCAUUUUUCAAAUAUCCUAGUAAUAAACUUUAUUAGAAGAAAGGAAUGGCUAGCUUGAUGGUGACUUCGUCAAGUAAGAACAGCUCACGUAGUACUUCUCCUACUAGAGGGAAUACAUCUAUAUCUCAAGCACAUCACCAACAAUCAGCUAGUUUGGAACAUACACCAAAAGCGCGUAAUGCUCCAAUCUACCAGACAGGAGAGGGUAGCACAGGCAGUGGUAGCAGCUGUGGUGGUUGUGGGAGUAGCUUCAGCAUGAAAGGUAGCAGCAGACAAAGAUCACCAGGUACUAUAAUCCGUAUGGAUGUUAUGGAUGAAUCAAAUGGCAAUCCAAUCACUGCCGAAUCAGAUGAGUUUGUGCCAAAUGUUCAACCUCCAACCGAUGAUGAAGGAGAACAAUAUCAUACCACGCAAUCGUUCCUAUCUAAUGGCUCUUCUGAAUUAAUAAGCGAUGAUGUGGACUCAAGCGCUGCGCGAGUUCGACAAGCGAUCGAACAUAUUCAAAGUAAAAUAGCUAGAACACGUGAACUCAUACGUAUUGAGCAAACAACUCGUGAUGAAAAUGUUAAUGAAUAUUUGAAAUUGGCUGCAAAUGCGGAUAAACAACAAUUAACUAGAAUUAAAACAGUAUUUGAAAAGAAAAAUCAGAAAUCGGCGAAUAGUAUUUCUCAGUUACAAAAAAAGUUGGACAGUUAUCAAAAAAAAUUAAAAAAUUAUGAAAUGAAUGGUGCACCCGCAGGUCAUAGACAACCAAGAGAAGUACUUCGUGACAUGGGACAAGGAUUAAAGAGUGUUAUGUCAAAACCAAGGGAGUUUGCACAUCUUAUUAAAAAUAAAUUUGGAAGUGCUGACAAUAUAAACACUUUAUCACUUGAGAGUAAUGGCUCAACUUUUUAUGUAAACGAUACACCACAUGCAGGUAAUGGUGAUAAUGGUAGUGUUGAAGAAGAAAAGACUCAUCAUGGAUCAGCUACUUUACCUGGUGGCUGUAGUCUUGGAUCUACACAUAGUGCUGCAGCAAUGAAAUUUCCAUCAGAAGAAGGCUCAGAAUGCUCUAGUGUAACGAGCGAAAGUGGACCAGGUAGUAGAGGCCAAACACAUACUUGUCACAGUAAUAAUGCCGCAUUGAGUUUCAAAUCCGUCUUCUCGGAACUUCAAGAACACAGAGACAGCCUUGAACGGAUGAGAGAAAAAUUAGAUGGCUUAAAGGCUUUGCAACAAGAAGUAGCAUAUUUAUCACAUGGUUUACAAGAAGAACGUUUUCGGUGCGAUCGUCUUGAAGAACAAAUCAAUGAUCUGACUGAACUCCAUCAGAAUGAAGUAGAAAAUUUAAAACAAACAAUUACAGAUAUGGAAGAAAAAGUACAAUAUCAAAGUGAAGAUCGUUUAAGAGACAUACAUGAAAUGUUAGAAAGUUGUCAAACAAAAAUAUGUAAAAUGGAACAUCAACAGCAGCAACAUCAACAGUAUGUUACAUUAGAAGGCCUUGACAAUAGUAAUGCAAGGGCUCUGGUCGUGAAGUUGAUAAAUGUAGUGUUAACAGUACUGCAAGUUAUUUUACUCCUUGUUGCAACAGGUGCUGGUAUUAUGAUGCCAUUCCUUAGAACCAGCUGUACUAAGCCUCAUUGUUUCAUGUGCAGGGUGCGCAUACUAACGACCACAUUCGUUGUAUUGGGUAUAGUGUUCGUGCUCAAACAAUGGCCUGAGGUGCAUGAUGUUGGAAGUCACCUCAUACGCCAUCUUAAACAAACACUCGCCGUGAAGUAGCAUUGGUGGUAUACUUAAAUUUAAUGAAUCCAGUGAUGAUGGUGCGAAAUUGAUUAUAAUAAUCAACGUUUGGAGCCAUUUACCAAUGCUGCAUUGUUGGAGCAAUAACAUCAUAUGUGCGCAAAUAUAAUUGUUUUUGUUUUUGAUGCAUAUUUGAUUUUAGAUGCAUUAUUAUUAUUGAUUUAAUUAAUAUAAAAUGCAUCUAUUUGCAGUCAUUGUCCAAUUGAUUGAUAAAAUAAUUGAUUUGCAAAUACCUGUGUAAUAGCAGGAAUUCUUUUCAGAAAGACUAUUAGAGUAAAAAGAGCAUAUCUUAAGCAUUCUUUAAAUUUAUAUUAAAAUUCGUUUCUUACAUUAUUUGUAUAUUUAAAUCUUAUCUAGAAUCAUUGGAAUGAAGUUUCAUCUUGUAUGAUGAUCCAAUUAUUAUUCUUUGUAAAAUAAAGUCCCAUUUUUCUUAGAUGGAGUAUAGGAAGAGCGAUUGAAGAAAUGUAUAUCCUAAUGUAUUUGAACUGUAUUAUGAAACGAUAUUACAGUCAUGGACAUUUAACAUAAGAUGUCAAGACAUGUAUAUGAUCACUUUUCCAUGUAAUGCUACUUAACACUGACCUUUAACACUAAAUGAGGACUUAAGAAUUGAAUAAUAUAAUGAAAGAAACUGCUGUCUUCAGUGUCUGUGGUUGGUCUAAUCAUGUCAUGCUAUUUUGGGAUGGGCUUAUCCUACAUAAAAAAAAUUAUAUAUCAUAUAUCAAAAUUUAAUAUUGAGUCCAAAAGUAGUCAAUAGUCAUGAGUCACAGAAGUUCAUUAUUUAACAAUGGUUAUUAAGACGAUACAAAUUAAUAUUACAAUAGUUGAUAGUCCAUCAAUGCAAUAAUAAAAAAUUUCACUUACGAAAGUUAUUAAAAUAUUCGCUAUAUAUGAUAAUUCUUCUAAAAAAUAUUUCAAUAUAAAUCUGAUAAUAUUGAAUGUCAGAAGAGGUCCAAAUAUUUUUAUCUUAUUAUAUCAUACCAGUUAAUUAUUUUAUGUAUAAUGUAGAUUGUAGAAUAGUUAAUGACAGAUAUAUUAUGUAUAAGCAUUGUAUUUCUUUGUUAAAGAAAUAUUUACCACCACAGACACACAAAAAAAAAACAAAUGUGAAUGUAUAUUUUAUGAGUAUAAAGAAAUGAUCCAUGACAGAUAAUCGAAAUGAGAGAAAGACUGAUGGACUAACUGGUUUACGUCACUAUUACCAUUGUGAAUAACGUAAUUAAUUCACUGCAAUUUCAUGGAAGUGUAAUUUGAGGUACAUCGGUAAACAUUACACUAUUAGAAUGAUAUAGUGAAAUGAUAAAAAUUGAUGGCAGUGUACAAGUGAUAGCUGAGUUUCAGAAUCUUUAAUACGCUAGAAAGAUUGCUGUCAAGGUACAGAAUUGCAAAAUAUGACAGAAUAUUUUGCUUGAAAGUUGCAUCAAUAUAUCACCAUUACUUAAUAGUGAGAUAAAUAUGACCUGACACUAUUUUGCUAUGCACUUUCUUCCUUUUCUCACAUAACGACAUAACAAAACUUUACAUUAUAUAGUUUGUAAAUAAAUAUUAUAAUAUUCUAUAGAGUUCCAUUCUGUAGAAGUAAAAUGGUUAAUAAGCUGUCUACAAAAGCAUUUGCUUUACAUUGUUGCUCUUAUACACUUUUUGCACAACAAUUGAGCUUAUAUUUUUUGUCCAUAAUUUAAAGUAAAUUUAUCCGGAUUCCUAUCACAAAUUUAUACAAAUCAAAUAAUGCUGUUACUGCUUUUAACAACGCAUAAUAUAUGUUGAAAAAACAAAUACUAAAUAAAUUCACAAUUUCGUAAUUCCUAACAGAGAUAUGUAUAAAUAAAGAAAUUAUUGACAAUAUCGAUUUUGCUUUUUGUCUAUCAUUGAUGAGUAUACCAUCAAAUUUCCUAAUUUCAGCUGUGAUAUGUUCUCCAGCUUCCUAAAUUGAGAAAUAUAAUUCUUAUAGAUAUUUUUAACUUGUCAAUAUUAUUAUAAUUUAACAUAUAUAUCAUCUUCACAAUUUUUUUUUCAUAUUUCUGCUAGCACAAAAAAGUGUUUAUUACACAGCAUGAAAAUCGAAAAUAAACGAUAAUAACAAUUUUGUUAAUUAACAGGAAAUGCAAAGUAUACAAGUAUCAUGAAUAUUUCUUAAUUUUGUAAUAAAAAUGUUUAGCAUUAAAUUCUCUCUGUUAAUUAUUAAAAUAAUGUAUAUUUGCAUUAUAGAAUCAGCAAUAGCGAACAUUGUCGAACUACGUACAUAUAUUCAAUCGUUUUUAUUUUCUUAUUUUUCAAUCAAAUCAAAUUUUAUAUACAAUGUUAUUGUUUAUGUGGAUUGUUGAAAUUAGUUUAUAUAAAUAUUAAGAAUUACUAGUUUGAAAUUAAAAAAUGCUGUGACACACUGCUAAGUUUAUAUAUAAGCUUAGUAUUUAAGAGUCAGUUUUGGGAUCAAUAUAUUCACACUUGAACGAUUUAAAUGCAUUAUUAUACGCGCAAUGUACGUAAUGUGUAACUUAUUAGGAGUAUAGUUACAAAUGAACUUUUAGAAUGCAUUGAAGAUAAAAUAUUAACAUGUUUAAUCCUACUAAAUAUUUCAUGUUGAUGAUUUGUGUCGUAAAUUAUUUAAAUUAUUUCUAAUAUAUCUUAUAUAAGUUAAUUAUCUAUUAUAAUUACGUAAUGAAUAGACGAAUAUAUAGGGUGUUAAUUGAUAUAUUUCUGUAUUACUCUGUGAUUAGUCUUGUGGCUGUGCUAAAAUUUAUCUUUCUGCAUAAUAUUAUAUUUCUUCUACUUAAAAAAAGAAAAAAAAAAAUAACUACGUUUAUAAUAACUUCUUUGUUAUUAAUAUAAAAUAUUAAAGCACAAAUUAUAUUUUAGUAAUUUAAAAUAAUUAAAUAAAGAAAUCUUUGGAAAUGAUCUAUUUUACAGUUCAAUGCAAUGCUAAGUGACACCCUAUAUAUAAAUAUUACAUAUACGUUAGACUUGGUGCUUUGUAAUAUAAAUAUAUGACGUUAUUGAUAAGAUUUAGUAAUGUAAUUGAUUAUAGAGAGGACCCCUGUAUGCACGCUUUUUAAAUCAUAAUAAUGUGUAAAAAUGAAAAAUACUAAAAGGCACAAUAUCUAUCUAAUCAAAUAGUUGAUAUUCUACGUUCAAGUGGAAUUUUCGGAAAUCUAUCAAAAAUAGACGUAUUUUGUACUUUAUAUUAUAUUACAAUUUUCUAUAAGCUUUUUUUUAUAUCAGCGCUAUUUACAAUUUUAUAUGUAUUUUGUAAUUAUGAAGCUGCAUCAAUAGAUGUGAAAAAUAUUGUAUACGCUUCAUAAUUUACAGCAAUAAAUCAUUGAAGUCAAUGGAAAUUAUAAUAAGCAGUACUACAGGGGUCCCAUAUAUAUGUACAAUAGAGAUAAAAUGAGGUGAUAAUUACACGCAUUGUUAUUGAUGCCUUGCAUAGAUAGUUAACGUUAAAUCAUAGAAUAAAUAUUCAUUGUCAAUUGUAGAUGAUGUGGAUAACACAGGCAGCAAUUACAAAAUCUUUCAUCAUAUAUACAUAUUUAUAUAUGAUGAUUAGACAAACAUUGAUGAUUACAAUAAGACAAUUAAAAUUUACGUUUGAAUUUAAUUACACCAAUAUAUAUAUAUAUAUGUGUUCUGCAACAUUUGUUAUAUUGAUUUAGAUUGUAGCUGCGUGUGAAAUCUAAAAUCCAUGUAGCUAUUCGUGCCACUAUGUAAUUAUUAAUAUUACCAUAAAAUAAAACAAUUUUUUUUAAAUAGAGAA